AGUACAGUGCACUCAAUGGCGGGGAGUUUCGGCGGCUCACCCUCACCACAGUUGCUGUUCCAGAUGCUCCUGGACCACCGUAGCCGCAGCGAGGCGAGCCGCAUGGUGUGCGCACGGACCAACGGCGCCACGCCGUUGGUGAUGGCAGCCAAGAACGGCCACCUCGCCUGCGUCGAGUACCUGGUGGAGCGAUGCAGCGCCGAUCUGGAACAAGUGGGAUCAGUUGUGUUUGACGGCGAGACCAUAGACGGGGCUCCCCCUCUGUGGUGCGCCGCAGCAGCUGGUCACCUGGUCGUGGUGUCCUACUUGUUAGAGAAGGGCGCUAACGUCAAUGCCACAACCAAGACCAACUCCACCCCCCUCAGAGCAGCUUGCUUUGACGGUCACUUUGAGAUCGUCAAGUAUCUGGUAGAACAUAAUUCAGACAUUGAGGUCGCCAACCGCCACGGUCACACGUGUCUGAUGAUUGCAUGCUACAAGGGCCACUUUGAUAUUGCCAAAUACCUCAUAGAAAUUACCGCCAAUGUAAACCGCAAGAGUGUUAAGGGAAACACUGCACUGCAUGACUGUGCAGAGUCAGGCUCACUAGACAUCAUGAAGCUGCUUUUGGACCACAAUGCCAAAAUGGAUGUAGAUUCUUAUGGGAUGACACCAUUACUAGCAGCAAGUGUAACAGGUCACACACACAUUGUUGAGUACCUGAUCUCAAGAACAGACCUUAUCUCCCGCAAAGACAAAAUAGAUGCCUUGGAGUUACUUGGUGCCACAUACGUUGACAAGAAGAGGGACAUGCUUGGGGCCCUCAGGUUCUGGAAAAUGGCCAUGUCAGAAAGGUAUGACAAUGGAGAAAUGAUUUACCCUAAACCAGUACAACAGUCUCCUAUUGCUGCCUAUGAAAACUCUAUAGAAGUCAUGACCUUGAAUCAGCUUGAAGAAAUCAUAUCAGAUCCAGACGAGAUGCGAAUGCAGGCGCUGCUGGUACGUGAGAGGAUCCUGGGACCCGCCCAUCCUGACACCAGCUAUUACAUUCGUUACAGAGGUGCUGUGUAUGCAGACACUGGCAAUUUUGACCGCUGCAUCACUUUGUGGAUGUAUGCGCUAGACAUGCAACAGAAAAUCCUAGAACCCCUGAGCCCCAUGACACAGAGCUCUUUCGUGUCCUUCGCAGAACUGUUUUCAUUCAUGAUGAGUGAAGCCAAAAAUAGGGGCCGUAGGGUGCCAGUAGUCAAUUUCUGCGACAUGAUGCGAGUAUUUGAGAAGUGUUUACGAGAGGUUGAGGUGGGCAUGUUCCAGCUCAAUAAGGGUGUUACCAGCUAUGGGGGCAUGUUGGCAGGUGGCGGUGGGGAACGGGACACAACCUACUUCCACCGCACUCUGGUCAUCACAAUGCACCUGGUGUGUCUGCUCACCAAACUGGGGCCAGGCCUAACGCCCCUACAGCGGCAUGCCAUGCGGAAAGCUGUCUACGACCUGGUGCGGCUUGAUCCGCGUGGGUCAGGGGGCGUGACUCCACUCCACCUUGCCUGCUCCCGAGACUCCUCCGCCACCAUUGGAAGGUUUCCCAUCUGUACCUUCCCCAGUGCAGAGGUUGUUAAUCUUCUCCUGGAGGUUGGUGCUGAUCCAUGUGCCAGGGACCACCAGGGCAACACGCCUCUCCACACCCUCGCCAGCAACAAGCAGUGCCGCCGAGACCUGCUCAUGGCACUGCUCUCAGCUGGUGCUCAUCUCGACACUCUCAACCGAUCUGGCCAGAGUUUUGCCUCCAUCAGGUCCUCCCGGGGUCAGCGUCUCCACCAGCUGAUCAAUCCGCUGCAACACACCUCCCUCCAGUGCCUCGCCGCUGCCACGCUGCGACGCCACGGCCUCCCGUACGACAACACGUUGCACCCUCGUCUCUCACAGUUUGUAGACCGGCACUGAUCUUGGCUGUAAAUAGAUCAAUGGCACCACUCCAUGUACAUAAUUAUAGAGGUUAAGCAUGUGUACAUUUUUAUACAUAUUGACAAUAAUAAUCUUUACAUUUGAGUAAAGGCAUAUGUAGCCAUGAUGAAUUGGAUGAUGUGUGGCAUCAUCUCCAAAUGGCAUUAUAUCAUAAGUGGCCCGACACUUGUGUCACCGGCGCGGUUGGUGACCCCUCAGGGCUGUCACCUGCCUUAGAGGCCUCCUGACAUAGCAGAAUGGAAAUAUUCUAACAGGUUACUGUGUAUUUCUCUUUUGUGCUCAUAACUGUUGAAUGCACCCACCUAUAACCCUGGAGACAGGGAUGAAAGUUAAACUAUUAUUUCUAAGAACUGUAUUGUUUGUCACCCACAAACUUUGAAUAUACGUGUUUUUGCUGAGAAUUGUCCAUGAUGUGAUUGUUGAGAGGUUUGAGGGUGGGCAGCGGCUCAGGGGAAAUGUCAUUUCAAUUUUGUGUUGCAAAAUUGAAAGUGAUUAUUUGUGGAAUGCACAAGGUGCUAUGAUGUGUGUUUUGAAGAAAUUUCACUGCAUAAUAAAAUGCAUGGAUGUUAUGAAAGAAGAAUUACAUAUUUUACUAUUUUGUACUUUACUAUAAAGCACAACAUCAAAGCAACUAAAGCAUUGCUCUUCUACCAGAAUAUUUGAGUAUCAUUUUCACUAGUUUCUUCCUCCGUGGGUGGCAUGGUGGAUUUAAUGUUUCUGGGAAAUCUUUCAUGAAGGUUAGUCAGCACAUGAUCACCAGAAUGGAAUUCAAGCAACAUUUGCUCAGAGAAUUCGAAUUUUUUUUUAUUUUGAUAUUUUGUAUUGAAAAAUCCUAACUUCCUUUAAAGAGGCAUGUAGAUUUGCCUUCUAUUAUUUUCUAUCUUGUUUUAUAAAUUUCUGUAUCCAUCUUGUCUGUCCAGCGAGAGGAGGAAAUGGCUACAAUACUGAAUUAAACGUAUCUGUAUGUCCAAGUAAUCGUUCAGCAAUCAAACUUUUCAAUUCACCAGUCAUGAAGAGCAGCCUGAACAAUGAACUGUUAGGUCUAAAUUUGUAUUGUGGGUUUAUCUGUGAUACUAUAUUUUUCUUGCAUUUUCUUAUAGAAGUAGAAUAACAGUCGUGUACCCAAAAUGCUGAUUCAAUCACAAAGCCGUAAGUCAGUGUUGUGAGUGCUGUGUUUGCUGGAGUAACACUAUGAAUAAAGGAUUCUCUGUUUUGUCUCCAAUCAUGAAAGAGACCAAUCAGUCCUCCUCAGUGACUUCAGGACUCAUCAUAAUAAUUCCAAGGUGUUUUAUGAACAAAUCACUGAGGAGGAAGAUAAUUGUGCAUUAUGGACAAAUCACUGAAGAUGAAUAUUUUUUUAUUGAUCAAAUACAACAUAUUUCAAAACUGUUUGCCAAAAAGGACCUUGCCUGAUUUACUCAUUUUAGUUUUAUAAUUAUUUGGUUCUCAGAAGAGAACCAAUUAAAGCACAGAAGUGAUGAGCUGAGAUAUUUUAUGUGUUGGUGUUUGGGAUCUGCUAUGCCAUAGCAGGCAUCGGUGACUUAUUGUUUCAUGACAGACUAUCUGAGUAAAGCAUUAUGUAAAUUUUAUGAAAAUUGUGGAAAGCAUACUUAAAAUUUUUUAAUUACCAACCAAAUGAGUUAAUGCUGCUACAUACCAUUGUCAUUAACAUUAUAUAAUCUAUGAUUGAAUGGCCAUUAGUUUAAUUCAGCCAUGCUGCUGGGCUGAAAUUUACUUAUUUUACAAGAACAAAAUGUUAAGAACCUAAGCCCUGCCUUCCCUGAAAUGUGGUUGUGUGUUUUUACCAUUUCCACUCCCGCCACUGUGUUCACUGCGGGCCAGCAGGUCACAAUGAACCUGUGGUGCAGUGCCGCCUGGCCAUGCCUUGGGGCUGGUGAGGCUGCAUUGUGUCAUGUGGCAUUUUGUAUCGUCCACUACUGUUUGAAACCAUUAAAAAUAUUUUUCAUGGGAAAACAUGAAAUUCCAAAGGCUAAACGCAAAUAAGAAACAAUGCUCACAAAAUACUUUUCCUAAAAUGAGAACACAAGUUUCCUAAAUCAGUAAUUCCACAGUCAUAAUUAUGAAACUGAUCAUCAUUAUUGUGCAAAAGGUAAUGAAGUUUAGUCACUGCUGUCAUAUAAAAGAAAUUCCAUGAUUGUUAUUUUCAAAGUUAUAAAUAUGAAUCAUAGAUAAGUAAAAAAAUAUAUAUUGGGCUUACAUCUCAGAAGAUCAAACUGAUAUUUACCUAAUAGAUAAAAAUCUCAUUUCUCAUAACUUAACUUAAAAAAGCUGCUUCUCUUUGUCUUGUAGAGUUAACUAAAAGAUGCUCUGUAAAAGUUCACUGUUACAUAAACAAUAGAAGAAAUCAUAUCUGACUUGCUGCCAGCUGAAGGGGUUGUUGGACAGAGGUUGCUGUUUUGGUUGUAGCUCGCAGUAUCAAAAUAUUGUUUCACAGUCUCUGAAAUGUGUAUUUUGCCUCAGUGAGCCAAUAUCCUGGAAGUGUCCUCUAGUUCACAGACUGCUGGGGCUUACAAGCCAGAAGCUUUAGUAUCUGACUGCAGUCAUUUCAAAAUAUUGUUUAUUUGGCAAACUGAUAUGGGUUUGCACCUCUUCUCAUUUCUUUUCAAGUCCACAGUAAGGUUACAAAUGCUGGAUUUUUCUUUUCUUUUGAUAAAAUUCCAUAAUGGAAUACCCUACAAGAAACAAUUAUGUACAGCAACUGUUAAACAUGAAUAGAGAAGAUAUCAGUACAAGUGCUGUGAGUAGUGCAAGAAAAUCAUGAUAAUGUUGUAAACAGCUCCAUGUUUGGGUUUUGCAGUGAUCAAACUGACACUAACUUCCUGUGAAAUGCAUUCAUCUAGGACACCAGCCUCAAUUUGCUCAUGUCUUAAAUGUGAAGAUGACAGGAACUUUGCAGUAGCUGUUCCAUCAACUAAAAUGGCUAAAAUAUAGUGGUCAAGGAAGAUACUGAGGGCUAAUGCCCAUGAUAUUUCUGUACGACAAGAAACUGACCAAUAAGUUUUAUAUUCAAUUCUAAGGGUCAGUGUAAAUCUGUAAUUGAAUUUUUUUUUAAACAAUUUCUGACUGUAUGAAAGUUUCCUAUAUAGUGAUGCCUUUCAGUACUCAAAACAUCAACUUCAACAGGUUCAACCCAACAAACUCAGUCCUGUUCCCUGCAUUAACAUCAAGCACUUCUGGGCCAUUUGAAAAGUGUUAAUAGAAUGUUCAUACAUUUCAUUCAUACAUACCGGCCAGCCCUCAGUAUUAUCAAAACUGGUUGUAUUUACUUAAAAGAUGACGGGUCUCUCAGAUGUCUACUUUUAUUGCAUUUUACUAAUUGUGAUGUAAUUUCUCAGCAAUGUCGAGAGUCUUAACAUGUCGGUGUUUAUGAUUCAGUGGCUUAUUUGUAUUUGUUUGCCAUUUUGCAACAAUCCUUAUCUUGACUGAAUCAAACUGGUUGGUUAGCCUUAAAGUCUAGUGUUCUGUGGUUUUGUAUGAUGUAUAAUGCUAAGAAGAAAUGAAUAAAGGAAAAUUAUGGGUUUCAAGUCAAAGCUGCAAACAAGCCUUCCUAGCUAUUGAUGAUGACAGUGAUUAUGAUGACAUAAACAAAUAAAUUUUUUUAAAUGAAA